AUGCCGAAAAGCAAAAAAGAAAGUAUAAAAUCAAAAAAUAAAGAACCGACCGAAUGGAAUAAAGGUUCAAGAAUAGAAAAAUUACGAAAAACAAAAUUAAUACCACAAUCUAAUAAUCAAUCUAAUAAUAUAAACACACUUAAUGAAUCACAUAAAAUUUUAGAAUCUUUAAAUUGUAAUAUACCUCUACGAGCUCGUAAUUAUGUUUCGAAGGAAGAAGUAUUAAAAAUCGAAAAACAUUGUUAUGAAUGGGCAAAAAAAUUCGAAUUAAUUAAGAAAAAGACCACUAAUAAGGAGUUUAAAGGAAGCAAAUUUGGAUUACUUAUUUGUUAUAUAUUUCCAACAGCAUCAUUUGAAAGACGUUGUCUCGCUAUCGAUUUCUUUAAUUGGUUAUUUUUUGUUGAUGAUUUAAUUGAUGAUAAUAAUAAAAAUUUAAAACCUGAAGAAAUAAAAACAGUACUUGAUAAAUUCAAGUCUAUUUUAGAUGAUAAUUUACAAUCAGAAGUUUUGCAAAGUCCACUUGUUAUUGCUCUAUGGGAUGUAUGGGCCAGAAUGAAAAAAAUAACUAAUGAAAUAUGGCGAAUGAAAUUUCGUAAUACUAUUUUACUUUAUUUUGAUGCAUGUUAUUUAAAUGCGCAGAAUGAAUUUUCAAAUAAAUUUCCUAAUUCCGUGGAAGAAUAUAUAAAGAUCAGAAGGAAUUCAGGGGCUGUAAUGACUAGUUUUAAUUUAAUCGAACCCUUGCUCGGAAUUCAAAUUUCAUAUGAUAAUAAAGAGUUGCGAAAUCUUAUGGAAUAUUGUAAUGAUCAUAUCUGUUUUAUUAAUGACAUUUACUCGCUACAAAAAGAAUUAUUAGAAGGUGGAGUUGAUAAUAUUAUUAUAGUUUUAUGUCAUUUACAUCAAAGUUCAUUGCAAGAAGCAGUUAAUUAUGCGGUGGAAUUAAUCAAUCAACGAAUGACACAAAUCCAAGAAAUUGCCAAUAAAUUUAUGCAAUUUAAUUUAGAAAAUAAUCAAGAUAUUAGUAAAUAUGUUAAUGCGUUAUUAGAUAUAGUUGUUGGUUCUUUUCACUGGCAUAAAAUGUCAGGUAGAUAUUCGAUUAAAAAAAAUGAGACGAUGGUUUAA